AUGGUGGACAAACAGGAUGAAUCAAGCAAUAUUGAAAGAAAGAAGAUUGCCGAAUCGAAUUGGUUCGUGGGGGAUGGUGUGGUUAUCAUCAAGCUAGAUGGAAUGUUAUCCGAUCGUGGCGAGCAAUCUUAUGUUUCUUUGGGUUCCAUGGAAGAACCCCAAAGGGACAACCUCUUGAUUGGUUGCCUUCUGGAGGGUGCCCUGAAAUAUGUAAGGAAUAUUGCUUCAAGUAAAAUAGUUACAAAGGUGAAAUCUAAGAUUCAGCAAGGGGGUGGGAUUCCUGUUCAGACCAGGAGUAAAGGUGCUCCAUCAGCCUGA